GCCGCCGACGUCGGCCGCACGUCGUCGACGGCCCUCUCCCAAAGUACGAAGCCAUAUAUACGUAAACAAACGAACGCAUAUGUGAUAAUCGGGACUUCAAAAUAUUUAGCAUGCAAUGUGAUUUGGAUAACAUCGACGACUACCCAUACGAAGAUGAAAUCGUGGACUGCGCACGAGCAGGACACGACGAUAUCGUGCUGCCGGACGCUCAACGUCAAACACGCCGCCUACGCCAGUGCCCUCUACACUUUGAAUAUAUCAAUACUGGUGGUACUGUUAUAUAGUUGGAGGAUCAGCGUCAAUGCGAAGAGGUACAAAGAGCUCGACGAUGUUUAUUAUGGUGUACAGAUAGCAUAUUUUGCAAUAAUAGGAACACAAAUGUUUAUGAUCGUCCUCAGUCUAUUUCUAUUCUACGGGAUAUAUAAAGAAAACGUUGCCUUCUUAGUACCGUGGGUGGUGGGGUGUAUGACGUUCAUGGCGCUCGAGGCAAUGGCCAUGGUUUACUCAAACAUACUUAGAGAUCACGUAAACAAGCAAUUCGACUCAAUGUGUAAGGCGGAGAUCUCCUUCCUAAUACCAAGAGUGUUUUUAAAUUGUCUCUGCAUAUGGUGCGUACUUCGGCUGUAUCACCUUCUCCGCGCUGGGGUGACAUGGAAGGGCGCUGCGGCGAUAGAGCUGUGACUAUUGCCACCCACCAGCCGCGCGCUGGCCGACGACCGGCGCCCCGAUCCCGGAAACCCUCACGGAUCCCGUCACACGCUCCCCUGCGAAUCCACAUUACUCCUCGGCGGAGCGGAGAGUGACACCGACGCUAGUCUUCAUUCGCUUUGACGGCGUGUUAUUUUAGGAAAAUGUUUAGUGGGUACUACUUGUUGUUAAUCAUGUAUGUUCUUUGCCAUAUCACGUCACUCCUCGGCGAAGUAUAAUGUUUUUCUUUAAUGAUUAUCAAGUCCCGGGAUGAACAAGUCUUGUGUAGGAAGCAAUUUGUACCAGUUGCAGUGGCAUUCUGAGCUUUAAUACAACGAGUUAUAAAAUGAAUCAGUAUCCUAUACGCAGCCAAAUCGAAUGUUACAAUACAGUCCCUAACAGUCAAAUCGGUCGGCAAUAACGCGUAGAAUGGUGUUGGUGCUGCCGCGGACAUGGCUCAGAAUCGAUGCGGCUUUUUUCUUGCAUGAAAGUGUGAGCUUCCGCAAACAUACCUAAUACCCUGCAGUGUCUUGGCAGCCCCAUCAACAUCCUAAACGCAGUAUUGCAUGCGCCGGGUAUUGAUUGUCUUUUGCGUUGGCAGAGAUUGUCAAGCUUUAAAAUUUUUCUUCAAUGAUUAUCAAGUUACGGGUUUGAACAACUCUUAUGUAGAAAGCAAUUAGCUUACACGUAAGAGUUGCAGCGCUGCUCUAAGCUUUAAUUCUCAAAGAUCUGAGGGGCAUUGCCACUGUGCCGUCAUCGUCAGACACAAAUUUGACGUCUCAUGUGCCUUCACCAGCACCCGGGAAUGUAAUGCUCACAUUUCUACUUGGUGGUCAUAAUAAGUGAUAGAUUCCAAUCUGGAUUCAUUUCGACGGAGUGUAUGUAAUUUUAGAAGCUUUUAUGCCAUUUCUAGAUAAGCAUUGUGAGUGUGCAGCAAAUCUCCACGAAUCCUGUUUGUUAUUCUCUUGCGAUGACAUACAUAUUAUUCGAGCGGAGAGCGGAUAAUUCAGUCCAUGGCGCCCAGUAAACGAUAAAAAAAUUUGUCAAAUUUAUCCUUCAAACAAUGUCGUAAACGAUCAAAUAGACUGAGUAGCUCACACUCGGUCAUCUCUUUCUACAGUCGUACGUAUUGUAUUAUAGUUAAUACAAUGAGUCAUAUCUUUUUGUAAUUUUUGCAAUGAGUAAGAAUAAUAGAUAAUACGUUUCUGGCAUUAACUCUAGUAGCAUUAAGAAAAAUAAAUAUUUAUGUUGUUAUAGAAAUGGUUGAAAUUAAGAGAAAAACAUAUGUACGAAAAUUUGUUACAAGAAACAUUGCGCACAGAACCAGAAUCUAGCAAGGUGAACGCAUAGGCAACAACUAACUUUGGUUUGCCUUCCAACAUGUUUGUCAAACACGGCGUCAAUCUAGAUUUCCAUCAGACAUAUCAAACACGUGCAUUCUUUGACAAACGCAUCAAACACGGCCGCAUGCGAUCAUAAGUUUGACAAAUACGUAAAAUUUGACAAAUUAUUUGAUCGUUUACCGGGCGCAUAAGAAUGUGUUACUUAUGUUUAAAGCUCUCAUGCUAUUUGUUUAUAAUCACGACGUCAUAAAUCUCCACAAGUCCAUAUACGGUCGGUUUUUUCGGACAAUCUGGGUUCGCAAGAGUUUAAUUAACCAUUUUCCCUAUGCGAAUUCAGAUUCAUCUUUGGCGAAGUAACGAGAUAUUUUAGCAAGUUUUAAUGUUACUGUGACUACUGCCUAUCGAGUUUCUAGGUUUUCGCGAUUGUUACAAAUGGAAAUGGAACUUUUUUUUCGGAUUUAUAUCGCCGUAUAUUUCUUUUUUUCACAUGGUCAGUCAUCCGUGACCUUGGGGUGUGUAUGGAGCCCGAAACGUUACUUCGCUUGAAGAAACAAAUACUAGAACUUUUGCGCACGGCAUCCUAGAAAACACGAAUAUCGCUUGUAUACCUACAGAUAAAAUGCCACUUCGGACACUUAUGACAUUUUCGGACCGUCAUUUCUCGGAUUCGUAACAAUACGGAAGUAUUGCGCAAAUGCAUUAUACACGAUUUACGUCCGAGAAAAUAGUUGUAUUUCUAUUGCUUACUUAUUUACUUUCUUGGAUAGCGUCUCAAAGAGAAUCUUGACUUUCCGUGUAAGAUCAUAACGUCGGUGUUUUGAUGAAAGUAGUUAAGCUACAUUUCAAAAAUUUUGUUUCAGGCUUUAACGACUGUUUUAAAAUAUUUACGUCCAAUUUUGGUUUUCAUUAAGAUUAAGUUUUAAACUUGAAUUUAAAACAGGACGUUAAUAUUUUAAAAACUAAAACAUGCUUCAUAAAUCACCUUAUUUCACCCUAUUAUAUCUUCAUUUUAAAUUGUAAGUGAAAAGAUAACAAUCUUCCAGAAAAAAAUCGGAAAGUACAAUAAAAUAUAUGUUAUGUAAGUAUAUACAUACGUAUUGCUUUUGUAAAACAAAAGGGCAAAAGGAGUCUUUGUUACGCUUGGUCUUUUUUUUUAAAUAAAUGAGUCACAAAAAGAAACGUGUUAGAAUGACGAAGGAACGUUUGAGAAUACUUCAAAAGACAAACGUCUGUAUCAAA